AUGCCACGCCACUGGAGUUCCCCUCCUGCUGUUGGCCGCGACGCUUCCCAACAGUCGAGCCAACCGAAUAAUUCCGCUAGUCACGAAGAUGAGACUGAGCAACGUCAGGCGAGAUCUGAGCGCGAUUCCUGGACGCUCAAUACCACAAAAGAAAAAGGCAAGACGGAUGAAGACAAGAGGCUUAAACGUGCCUCCGACCGUCUUGCUUGGCCUGCUGAAGAGCCACGCGGACGUAGCAAAACGAGCGAAGACCGCCAGGAAGACGCUCUCGUGGAAAGGCUCCGUAAUCGUGACCGAAGCGCUGACCGGCCUUUGAUCUACAAGCAGCUUUUCCAGCCGACCAUUCGGCGUAGAGAGUCUCGAGGCUCGAAGAACCGCCGCAGUUCUUCUGCUCAGCGACAACUCGAAGAAGACAAGAAGAAUUCUACGUCUGAGAUUGACGAGUUCGUUGCAGUAGAGUUGGCUGAACGUGAUGGUCCAUCACGUCAACGCAAGCACGCCAUAACGAGGGCACCCCGCCUACAGCGGCGGGCCUCCUCCAAGGAUCGGAAGUCGGGGGCGAAGACUGAUCGUAACGAUCAGUUUGAUGAUAUAAUUGACAACUUUUAA